UUGCCCUGUAUUUGAUCAUUUCUGUGACAUCUUUAGUGCAGUACAAAAGCUGCACAGUUUGGACAGCACGUCUUUCAUGAUGGACUCCAUGUGGGUUAAGUGGAAAUUCUGAAUUGUCUCUGCACCUUUAUGUCAUCAAGAAACCCAAUGCAAAUGAAACUUUCACAAGGGGAAAGGAUCAUUUACUGAGCUAUAGGAAGAGAAAUUUCAUUUAAACUCAAACAUUUCAACUUUGGAGGGGGGGUACAAACUUAUAUGUUGUUCCAUUGAACAGGCUGCCAUCAUCCCAUACUUUAAACAUCCCACAGCACAACAUUAAAUCCAUCAUUAAAAAUGAGAGGAAUACGGCUUAACCUUGACUAUGAAAGAAGAGGGGAUUGGUCAGAGAAACAAGCAAGAGGCCAAGAGUAAGUCUGAAGGAGCUGGAGAGAUCCAGAUCUCUGAUGGGAGCAGCUGUUCCCAUAUAUUCCCAACUAUAGCUUGGAAAUGCCAUAAAACGCCUUCAGUUCCAGGUUGUAACACUAGAAGUUGUGAUAAAGGAACUCCAAAAGCGAAAAUCUAAUGUUCAUUUAAGUAAUUGGAAAAGCAGGAUCAGGUCACACAGAUCUAAAACUAAGAAUCAAACAUCAGCAUAAAACAUGCUAUUCUUAUUGUCAAAGUCACGAUCAGUUUAUAAUCCUUAUUACUACAGUGCAGUCAGUGUGUCUGUACCAUCUGUGUAGAUCCACUCUCAACUUGAGGCCUGUUUCUCUGCUGAGAUCAGAGGUUGAAUAAGGGGAAGAGCAAUCAGUGAGUAUUUCCAUGUUGUAGUUUUUUAAAUAUCAGACUCGUACCCUAGGGAAAUCAGGUUUCCACAAUGUAAAUUCCUGACGUUCUGUUAUCGUUGAUGAGGCUCAAGAAAGGUUUGCAUAAGAAAUCUGAAAUGUCAAGAUUUUCCUACCCAGAUACGAUUUACAGAACAUCACUUGCAGCAAAGAUCAGAAACGUACAGAGCUACUGAAGAAGCAACAGCCUUCAAAUCUUCCCUUCACAGAUUGUGAUUUUUUUUCUGACUCUUCAGCUGUCCGUCCAUCAUGAAGCUGAAUCUAUUUCUCCUGUUUCUCACUGGUCUGGUCCCAGUCACUGUAUCCGUCCUGAGAACCGUCCCUCACAAUUAUGACCUGAUGAUGACAACGGUGACCUGGCCUGUUGCACAGAAUUACUGCAGGGUGAUGUACACUGACCUGGCAACAAUCCUAAGUGAUACUGAUUGGCUACGAUUUGAGAAAGAAGCAGCAAGCAAAGGUCUGACAACAUCUGCCUGGGUCGGAUUGCAGAAUGAUCCCAAAAGCUUUAGCUGGUCCUUAAAUGAUCUCCCACUGAAGAAUGUCCCUUAUACCAAUUGGGCCCCUGGAGAGCCUGAUAGUGGUGCUACAAAUCAAGCAUGUGCUAUAAUAGGUUACUAUAAUUCAUGGUGGGAUAUACCAUGUACAUACCGAAGACCCUUCAUAUGCUACAAUGCUAAUUUCAGUGGUGCUGCCAGGUUCAUCGGCAUCAGUAAUCCUCUGUUGACCUGGCCUGAAGCUCAAACUUAUUGCCGAACACAUCACACAGACUUGGCCAGCUCUCUUAACAGUUCAGACAACAACAUAUUCGUGCAGGUGAAGAAUAUCCAGGGUGAUUCCUGGAUUGGGCUUUACAGAAACAGUUGGAAGUGGUCAGACGGGACCAUCGCUUCAAACAUCCCAUGGGCUCCUGGACAACCUGAUAAUGCUGGGGGUUAUGAGGACUGUGCAGUGGUUAAUAACGGACUGUUCUACGAUGAACAAUGCACCAACCUGCAUUAUUUCUUCUGUCACACCAUUUACCCAGCGAGGAGUCAGAUAAUGAGACUGCAGGUGGAGUCUGAUGGGAGUGUGUUUGAUCUUGCUGUGCUGUCAUCCAUUUUAGAUCAGAUCAAACAGAAACUGGAGGGAAAAGGCAUGUUGGAGAACACCACAGUGACCUGGAAGGUGCAGCCAGAUGGAAACAUCUUCCACUAGCAAAAGGAUGAUCUGUAACGUCUAAAUGCUCACCUUCAAGUCAAGCAGAUUUCAAACUGACUGAAAUUUUAUUUAACCUACAACAUUUAAGCUUUAAUCAGUAGGCAGUGUCAGAGGACAAGAUUAGCCAGAAGUAGAGGAAUAAACAUAUUUAAUUGCUCUGAUUGGAACACGCCCACUUUGACUUUGCAACCUAAAUUUUAAAGUCAGAUUUCACUGCAACUUUUUAAUAUUGAACAUGUUCAGCUUUUGCUGCAAGAGGCCACUGAACACAGUGAUAAGGAGAAAGUCAGAGAGGGUAUGUUCAAUACUGGGUUUAAUGCAUCAGUGUGUUGUAGUAAAGAAUAAUUCUUAUAUAGAAUAUAGUGAAUGUAACAGAACCUGUAAAUACACUGUGUGUACUCUGAACAGUCAUAUAUAAUGCACUUGCCACUAUUACUGUCAUUUAUUUCUUCCACAUCUACAGUUAUAAAUAUAUACUCAUUUCUUGUAUUUUGUUUCCAUUUUCUGUACCUAAAGGCAUUAAUAAUAUACAUUAAUAUCAAGAAACAAUUUUAAAUAUAAACCUGUUGUAACUAUUUUGUAGUCAGAAUUCAGAAAGGUGUUAUAUAAAAUGUAUUUCUACAAUUAAUAUUAACUGCAAUACUUACAUUGACCAGAAGUCGGCAGUAGAACAAUCAGCAACAAACAAAACUGCGGGUGCUACAGAUCCAAACACCAGAUUUAUUUCAUUAGUAAAAAUAUACUUUCAUGUAGACACAUGCACUGAAAAUCCUAUUAGAACAAUCAUCAUGACCACCAUGACAGGUAAAGAUCCUCCUACUUGUUCAUCUGUUUGGUGAGCAGGUGAUGAGGUUUGCAUGUGACUGUUUCCAGUCUGCCUUGCUUUUAUAACUUAUAGAAAAAGAGCCACUGAGUUUGUGGAGUCUAAUUUUCAUUGGCUGUGACAUGCAACUGCUGAAAGUUCAGAAUGUUAAUUUGUUGUAUUUUGGAUCUCUCUGAUUUUAAAUAGUAACUGGGUUGGUUAGUUGGUGUGAAUCGCUCAAUCACCUGCUUCAUGCCAACAUCUGAAGGCUGCACUAGCUGAGUAACAGAAGUGUUGACUCCAAAUCCCAGCACAGGCUCUCUGACUGCUGGACAUAAGGAAAUGUGGACAGUUUUGCACUGACAUUAGGAUUCAAUGUAGUAUUUAAUUUGCAGGUUUGAUUUACCCUCAACUGUGUAAUAAGAUACUCUUUCUGGGUCGGCCAAUUCUUGGAAGGUUCACUACUGUGCUGAACUGUUCCGGUUGGAGAUAACGGCUCUCACUGUGGUUCUUUGGAGUCCCAGAGCCUUUGAAAUAGCUUUGUAACCCUUCUCAGACUUCUCAGGGUGGAUUUUGCUGGUAAUCAUCAAUAUUAAUAGAAUAUGGUGAUACUUGUCCCAUAAUGAGGGUUAGGAUGGAUG